AAGUCUGAGGAGUGAAAGUAAAAAGUUCGUCUGACAGGACCGUGUUUUUCCCAGAUGUGAAGAUGGGAUUAACCAUUUUCCUUUUUCUGUCAGGAGUUCUGUUCAUCUGUGACGGGCUCCAUGUUCUAGGCCCCUCUGGUCCUCUGACUGCGAAGCUGGGGGUCUCAGUGAUGCUGCCCUGUUAUGUUGAAGCCCCCGUACCACCGGAAGAGCUGAAAGUGGAGUGGAAGAGAACAGACUCUGAAACCUUAGUGCAUUUGUUCCAAGAUGGAGAGAGUAAACCAGAGGCUCAGGAUCAGGCUUACAGUGGAAGAGCCAGUUUCUUUACUGAGGAGGUCAAACAUGGAAACUUCUCUCUCCUCCUCACAAAUCUGGUGACUAACGAUGCAGGAGUUUACAACUGUACCGUUUACAGACAACAGGAAACUGGUCAAACAUCAGUUAAAAUUGAGAUUGGUCAUGUCGUAUCUGCGUAUACGGGCGAGGACAUCACUAUGGAUUGUUCUGUGGACUUCCAUAUCCCACCUGAAAAGCUUGAGGUCUCAUGGAUUAAAGUGGAUCAACAGAUUCCAGUGCUGAUCUUCCAAAAUGGUGAGGUCCAGACUGAAUCAACCCAUGAGAGAUACAUUGACAGAGUCGAGUUCCUCAGCCCUGAAGAAAGGCAGAAAGGAAACUUCUCACUUAGAUUAAAGGAUCUCCGAACUGAGGACAAAGGCCUGUAUGUGUGUAAAGUGUUCUCUGGGGACUUUUCAGCUAACACAACUGUUAAAGUGCUGCAGCUGGGUUUUUCCAGUAUGCACACUGGGAUAUUGUGUCUCUGUAUACUGGCAUUGUUUCUCUGUGCACUGGCAGUUUGGCCAGCCAUCCGUAAUACUUUAGGACCUAAAGUUCGCAACAACAACAGCAGAAAGACCUUAGCGAUACGGUACGAACUUGUCUUUUGUCCGAACAUUGCUGUGUUCCUUGCCUUCAUCUUUUGGGGUGCCACUGAAGGGUUCAUCACUGAGGCGGCUACCUGCUCAGCCCUUAACCUGCUACGGAUUCUUUCCCUGUUGUGGAUUGCUCCCUAUUUGGAUGCAUUUCAAGAGUUCUCCACUGAAACGGCCCAAAAGAUCCUUUCCCUGUUUCGGUUUUCUCAGUAUUUGAUUACAAUUAAAGAGAGCGUCCGAAGAUUUGUUAAAAGAUCAACAGUUGCGCUGGAAUAUGCUGUGAUAGCUACUGUAACCUACUCGAGUCUUUUUGGGAAUUUCAGUUCUGCUGACAAAGUAUCACAAGCAUGGAUAGGGGUGCUGUUCAUAAUACUGCCUCUGUUUUUCAUAAAUAUCAUCAUUCAAGGACUCAUUAAAAGGUUCAGUGAAACAUACAGCAUUUGGAAUUACGGUUUCGCAGAAGUUACAAAUUUUGGACGGAUGGCUGCUAUUGGUUUCUUAGGUGUUCAGUAUAAAACACUUAGUACAGUUAUAGCACUCCUGCCAUAUCUGCCCCUGUUUUUAAUCUUUUUGCAGAUUUCAGUCCUAAAAGCAGUUUUAUCCCAUUCUUACGGCAUCAGGACAUGGCGAUCACUGUUUUUGAUCUGGAUGUUAUUGCUGUUAAUCUUGGAGGUUCUAAACGCAUCACUGUCAGUCUACAUUCAUAAUGUUAUACUGGAAUCUAACGACGCUUUGAACAAAUGGACUGAAACAACGGAGAAGCUGAACGAACGUGCAGUGCGGACCUGUGUAGCUGCAUACCUCUACAUUUUGACUUUGAUGCUACUCCUUGAAUAUCUGUUCAGUUUUUGUGCCCGCCUCUACACAGGGUCUAAUUCUGACAGCCCCAAGAGACCACAAUCAACGAGUCUAUUACAUGCCAGCGUCUACAUGCUUGGUGCAGUGGGUCUCAUUUUUGUGAAUUCUGUUGCACUGGUUGUAGAACUGAUCCUAAAAGCACGAAAUGGCGAGCGUACAAUGGAUCUGCGAGUCAUUCUCAUACCCUCUGAAUGUGUCUUCGCUUUGUGCUGUUUUGCUCUCCAAAUAUCUGCUUUCUGGAGGACAUUCAGAGAAAAUUUUAUGGAUGACAUAGAGGGCUUACGUCGAUUGUGCACGUGUCCAGUGAACACAAUGAUACGCAAUUGUGAACUGCGGUCUCUGCAGUCUACAGAAGCUGAUCCUACUCCUGCUCCUGCUCCUGCUCCUGCUCCUCAGGAAUUGGGGUCUUAGGAGGUGUUGAGAAAUAAUGACACUUCUUGUAUCCGGAUCACCUACAUGAAGACAUGUUGGGGUUUGAGAUCCAUUUGAGAGACACAAAUGGAAUCUUACAGCAUGAAACUGGCAUUGAUUGUGAUUCAUGCAUCACGACAUGCUUUGCACCCA